AUGUCCUUCACGUCAAUUUUCAUUGCAUUAUUAUACUUAGGGGGUUUUCUCAUCAUCCUUGUAACCGCCUCGGCGGUUAUCCUUCCGCUACUGAUAACCUCACUCUUUUUCGCCACAGGCGUUGUACUUUGCGGUUUUCUCAGUAACAAAUCUUACAAGCUGGCGCUUCGCGCUUAUAACCUUGCCACACCCCACACGCGAAGCAGCUUGCAAGCAGCGGCGGAUCACCUAGCGCCUCUCGAUUCAGUAGAAACAGUGUCGCCUAAAGAAGAACUACUUCACAAAAUCCAUCAUUUUUACAAGAAAAGCGACUCUAACGUGAGGACUCCCAUUGUUGUUUCAGGUUCAGAAAUACCGAAAAGCGUUAUAAAAGUUUCAGAGGGGACAUAA